UUUGUUUGUUGCAUAAUGGUCUUCGCAGACUAGUCUCUUCUUUCACACCGUAGAAGCAGCAAGGGAUAACAAAUCACAAUUCAAGAAUUAUUCGUUGUUUUGUAAUGAUGUCUUCACAACAAGGCUCGGAGCCAAGUACCACCGAAACUAGUAGUGAACUUACUCAUAUUGUAAGAGAAUCCAAAACUCGUCCAGAAAGUGAGCCGCUGUCGUGGUUUUCCAAAGGUGGUUUGUGGAGUUCCGCCCAAAGUUAUUUAGGAAGAAUAGCUGCUGCAGUACAAGAAGAAACUCAAGGUUUGACUUUGGAUAAAGUGAAAAAAGACUUGGAAGAGUUCUCUCAACAACUCUAUUCUGAAGUCCAAGGAAUGCAGAGUGCUAUUUCAAAGGAGUCUCAAAAACAGAAAGAAUCAGGACGCGGAGUAACCACAGAUUCUAUCUUACCUAUGGCACCUUUCAGUAAAGACUGGAAUAAUUGGUCUGAGCAAAUAGCUCAAAGUUCAGUUGGAAGUGUGCAAACCAAGGGAGACUUUGAAGAAGAGAAGAGCAGUCACUGUAAUCAGGAAGAAAGUGUGGUUGUUGACAACGUUUCAUAUUGGGUUCCGAAACCGUUUUGCCACUUGAUAGAUCCUUUUCUUUCCAAUUAUCGUAAAAAGGCUCUGGAAGUUCAUACAAAUCCUGCAUUAUUUUUGGAUUCGAAUGUUUCGGAAGAUGAGUUACAACAGUUUGGUAAAGAAAUGGAGGAAACUAUCGAGUUUUUAUCACCACAAGUGCUUCAUCAUUGCACGACCCUCAAGGAAGUAUAUGAAUGGAAUGUCCCUGCCAAGAUAGAUUCCUGUCGAUUUUGGAGUCUAUAUUUUUACAAGCUAGAUGCCAUAGCCAAAGAAGAAAUGACGAAACAAUCAAUUGGAGUAGUGAAGAAGAAGAAGAAGCAGCUCCAUUACUUGAUUCAGUGAACAUCGAAUGGGAGGAACACAAUGAUAAUGAAUCUGU